AUGUCUGUCAAGCGUAAAGCUUCAUUGUCUGGCCCGGCGCCCGGUACGGCAUGGUCUACUCCCAGUAGCUGGGGUCCGUCCAAUGGCUCUGCGGAGCUUCCCAGCCGAACGCGAAAGCGUUUUCGCAACGGACGACCUGAUGAUGAUGUGGUAUACGCACAAGAGAAAACUCUUCGCUGGAUCUACUCCGCACAACAGCAGCAGCCACUUACCACCCCCAUGGACAUCGCGGACGAUGCAAUGACCGACGCAGAGCAAGGCACUACCUCCGAAGCCGUUGAUCCACGCCAGCAGUCACUUUUGCGAUUCUUCCAACCUCGAUCGGAGCAAUCGUCAUCUUUCCGACCAUCACCAGAAGCUCUGGCUGCCCGUGCCAAUGAAACCGCGGUCCACCGCGACGACCUGCUUCGGCACCAGGCCUUUUCGCAACUACAUGCAAGCGAGAGCACGAGUGGCAGUGAGACUAUGAGCCCAGGGGUUUUCAACACCGACACGGACAUGGAGAUGGAAAUGGAGGUAGACGGAGAACAAAGCAAUGAUAGCUCCAACCCAGUCUCUAAAUGGGCAUUCUGGAACGGAGGUGUUUGA